GCCAGUAAAAAAAGACGCUCUGCGCGCGCCAUCGGUAACAGUUGUGAUAGUGCAGUGGUAGUGAGUACAGGCAUCAUGGCUGGUGGUAAGGCAGGCAAGGACUCCGGCAAAGCGAAAGCCAAGGCAGUGUCACGCUCUGCCCGGGCGGGUCUUCAGUUCCCUGUGGGCCGUAUCCACAGGCAUCUCAAGAACAGGACGACGAGCCAUGGCCGCGUCGGUGCUACUGCCGCAGUCUAUAGCGCUGCCAUCCUCGAGUACCUGACUGCUGAGGUUUUGGAGUUGGCUGGUAAUGCAUCCAAAGAUCUGAAGGUCAAGCGUAUCACGCCCCGCCAUCUGCAGCUGGCUAUUCGUGGUGAUGAAGAAUUGGAUUCACUCAUCAAGGCGACCAUUGCCGGUGGGGGCGUCAUUCCUCACAUCCAUAAGUCUCUCAUUGGAAAGAAGGGCUCGCAGAAACCUGUAUAAAUAAGCUAGUUAUUAAAUGUGCCCACAUUUGCUUUGGCCCAGGGACUUUACUACCAUGGAUGUGCAAUUACUGUACUGUGUUUGACAAUGCUUGUUUGUGCGUCUGUGGCCAAGAAGGUCCCUGAUUAAGGGGGAAGGCCAUUAACCCAUUUGUUAGUGGUGGCCCGUGAAUGUGUCAGCAGUGAGACGGUCAUGGAUAUGGCCUUGUGUGCGUGUGCGAUCAUUAACAAUCAUUGGCUUCCCCAAUGUUAAAUAUCCCUAAAAUCUUCAUCUUCUGUCUGACAGGAAAUGGGAUAGGUGUUUAUGGGAACCAAGGAAUGAAAAUUCUAAACUUUGAACUUGGUGUUCAAUAAUGUAUUACAGUAAUUUGUUAUUACUGCAAAUUUUAUUUAAUGUACUGUACAAUAUAUUUUGUCAUGUUGCUUCUUUGUACUGUACUUGCAAAUCAGUAUAUUCUGCAUUCAUCUGCUAAGUAAAUUAAGGAAAUGAUAAUGAGAUUAUCAAUACUAUAGUGAAAGAAUUUGCUUGCUCUUUCUUAGUUUUUGUAGUUUUUAUAAUAACAUUACACCAUUUAAUAAGGACAUAUUGUCCAAGUCAAGAAAACUUGACUCCAGGCAGACUGGCUAAUUGUUACGCAAGUCACUAAUGAAUGGGUUAAGAUUGUCUGCAAUCCAAGUGGCCUACCUCCUGACCCUCUCCCCCAUUACCCAUCCCCAAAAGACUUUGAGAGUUGCUCUACCUCUUAAGAAAGAACUUUUUUUUUGGACACUGCCUGAAGGAUGUGAAGCUUGGUUGCAAGGGAUCAAGUGGGGGUUGUUGCAUUGCUCAAUAGUUUAGCCAGAAAUGGUUGUUCAGAGUUUUGCAACUAAAAGGUUUUCCAUAUUUUUCAAAUAUUGCUCUUAAUACUUUUAAAUAUUAUUCAAUAUGAUUUGUUUUUAUCAGAGCUUUUUAUUGUGUUCAGUUUUGAUCAGAACCCAAGGAAGUGAAAGGGAAAUCCAUUCCUCAUUUCCUAGGAUCUAAAAAGGUGUCGUGUAUUACUUGAUAAAGUACAAUUUUCAAUGUUUUGAUAAAAUGUAGAGUAAGUAUCACUAUACAUAUUGUAAUAAGUGCAUUCUCUACAAUAUAAUGUAUAUUCAUUUUUUAAA